AUGUCAUCAAUUCCACCACCUCCCCCGCCUGGAUGGAGCUCCUCUGCACCUCCAUCCAUGCCUCUGGGCGCGCCACCUGGUGCUCCUCCUCCUCCAGGUUAUCGACCACCGGCGGAUCCACAUGUUGCGAAGUUUGCACAGAAGAAGAAAGAUUGGUUACGAACACAGCGAAAUCGAUUCGGCGAAAAACGAAAGGGUGGUUUUGUAGAAACUCAGAAAGCUGAUAUGCCACCAGAGCAUCUGCGAAAGAUCGUUAAGGAUAUUGGAGAUGUAUCACAAAAGAAAUUCAGCAGUGAUAAACGAAGUUAUCUCGGUGCACUCAAAUUCAUGCCACAUGCCGUGAUGAAAUUGCUGGAGAACAUGCCAAUGCCUUGGGAGUCUGCGAGGGAGGUAAAAGUGCUGUACCACGUCAACGGUUGCCUGACUUUGGUUAAUGAAAUACCAAGAGUUAUCGAACCAGUGUUUCAUGCACAAUGGGCUACGAUGUGGAUUUGUAUGAGAAGAGAAAAGAGUGAUAGACGGCAUUUCAAGAGAAUGAGAUUUCCGCCAUUCGAUGACGAAGAACCACCCCUUUCAUGGUCGGAGAAUAUCGAAGAUGUCGAACCACUGGAGCCAAUUCAACUGGAACUCGAUGAAGGAGAGGAUGCUGCUGUCUUAGAAUGGUUCUACGAAAAUCGACCACUACUUGACACGCCACAUGUCAACGGCCCGAGUUACAAGGAGUGGAACCUUACUUUACCUCAAAUGGCGACUUUAUAUCGAUUGAGUCGACAAUUACUGAGUGAUUUAGUCGACAAGAACUACUUUCACAUGUUCGAAUUGAAGAGCUUUCAGACAGCCAAAGCUUUGAAUGUUGCUAUUCCUGGUGGCCCACGUUUUGAACCUCUGUACAAAGAUGUGGAUCCUAACGAUGAGGAUUUCGGAGAGUUCAAUGCAAUCGAUCGCAUCAUCUUCCGAGCUCCAAUUCGAACAGAGUAUCGUGUAGCAUUUCCUUACUUAUACAAUUCACUACCUCGUAGCGUUAAGCUUUCCUGGUUUUCGCAUCCGCAAGUGGUAUAUGUUCGUGCUGAGGAUCCAAGUUUACCGGCAUUCUAUUUCGAUCCUGUUAUCAACCCAAUCUCUUCCAGAUCUGUUGCCCCUAAAAACAUCACCAUCAGUCACGAAGACGAAAUAUUUGGUGCAGGUAGCAAUGAAGAGCCAGAAGAAGACGCUUUCAGACUACCAGGUGAUGCUGAGCCAUUUCUCGCGGACGAGGAGUUAUACACUAGCGAAACAGCUUCAGCCAUUUCCUUGUGGUGGGCACCUUUCCCGUUCGAUCGAAGAUCCGGUCGCAUGGUUCGGGCACAAGACGUACCUCUCGUCAAGCAGUGGUAUCUUGAGCAUUGCCCUCAAGGUCAGCCAGUAAAGGUUCGAGUUUCAUACCAGAAGCUUUUGAAGACUUAUGUCUUGAACGAGUUGCAUAAGAGGAAGCCAAAAGCACAAAGUAAACAAAGCUUGAUGAAAUCGUUGAAGCAAACGAAGUUCUUCCAGCAAACAACAAUUGAUUGGGUUGAAGCUGGACUUCAAGUCUGCAGGCAGGGUUUCAAUAUGUUGAAUCUUCUCAUUCAUCGCAAGAACCUUACAUACUUACAUCUUGAUUACAAUUUCAAUUUGAAGCCUGUCAAGACACUGACAACAAAGGAGAGAAAGAAGUCUCGAUUCGGAAAUGCGUUCCAUCUGAUGCGUGAGAUUCUGAAAAUGACAAAGUUGAUUGUUGACGCACAAGUUCAGUAUCGUCUUGGCAAUAUCGACGCUUUUCAACUUGCAGAUGGUAUUUUAUACGCUUUCAAUCACGUUGGUCAGCUGACUGGAAUGUACCGUUAUAAGUACAAACUGAUGCAUCAAAUUCGUUCGUGUAAAGAUUUGAAGCAUUUAAUCUAUUAUCGAUUCAACUCUGGACCAGUAGGCAAAGGACCUGGUUGCGGCUUCUGGGCACCUGCUUGGAGAGUUUGGCUCUUUUUCAUGCGUGGUAUAAUUCCAUUACUUGAAAGAUGGCUUGGAAAUCUCCUUUCUAGGCAAUUUGAAGGACGUCACAGUAAAGGUGUUGCAAAGACAGUUACAAAACAACGUGUAGAGUCGCACUUUGAUCUUGAAUUGCGAGCAUCGGUUAUGGCCGAUCUUCUUGAUAUGAUGCCGGAGGGUAUCAAGCAAAACAAGGUUCAGACUGUACUUCAACAUCUUUCAGAGGCAUGGAGAUGCUGGAAGAGUAAUAUUCCUUGGAAGGUUCCGGGUUUACCAGCACCCAUCGAGAAUAUUAUUCUUCGUUAUGUGAAGAGUAAGGCGGAUUGGUGGAUUUCCGUCGCUCACUACAAUCGUGAGCGUAUUCGUCGGGGAGCGACUGUCGAUAAAACAGUUGCAAAGAAGAACCUUGGUCGUCUCACGAGACUUUGGCUCAAGGCCGAACAAGAGAGACAGCACAAUUAUAUGAAGGACGGCCCAUACGUCUCUUCUGAAGAAGCUGUCGCCAUCUAUACAACCACUGUUCAUUGGCUGGAGUCACGAAAAUUCUCACCCAUUCCAUUUCCCAGUGUUUCAUAUAAGCACGACACCAAAAUCCUCAUCCUUGCGUUGGAACGACUUCGUGAAGCAUACUCUGUCAAGGGACGACUAAACCAGAGCCAGCGUGAGGAAUUGGCCUUGAUUGAGCAAGCUUAUGAUAGUCCUGGAACUACUUUAGAGAGAAUCAAGCGCUUCCUACUGACACAGAGAGCUUUCAAGGAAGUCGGAAUUGAUAUGAACGACAAUUACAGCACAAUCAACCCUGUGUAUGAUAUCGAACCCGUGGAGAAGAUCAGUGAUGCCUAUCUAGACCAAUACCUCUGGUAUCAAGCCGAUCAACGCCAUCUUUUCCCUGCCUGGAUCAAGCCUUCCGAUUCCGAAGUCCCACCCUUGUUAACCUAUAAAUGGGCUCAAGGUAUCAACAACCUCGACAAAGUUUGGGAGACUGCAGAUGGAGAAUGCAACGUCAUGAUCGAAACACAACUAUCUAAAGUGUAUGAGAAGAUCGAUCUGACUCUUCUUAAUCGUCUACUUCGACUCAUUAUGGAUCACAAUCUGGCUGAUUACAUAUCAUCUAAAAAUAACGUUCAACUGACCUACAAAGAUAUGAAUCACGUGAACAGUUACGGAAUGAUCAGAGGUCUUCAAUUCUCCGCUUUCGUUUUCCAGUACUAUGGACUUGUUCUCGAUCUCUUAUUACUUGGUCUACAGCGCGCUAGUGAAAUUGCCGGUCCACCAGCAGGCCCUAACGAUUUCCUUCAGUUCCGCGACCGCGAGACGGAAACGAGACAUCCAAUUCGUCUAUACACUAGAUAUAUUGAUCGCAUUUGGGUGUUCUUCCGCUUUUCGGCUGAUGAAUCACGCGAUCUUAUCCAGCGUUUCCUGACAGAGCAACCGGAUCCUAAUUUCGAAAAUGUAAUCGGCUACAAGAACAAGAAAUGUUGGCCAAGAGAUUCUAGAAUGCGUCUUAUGAGACACGAUGUCAACCUCGGACGUGCUGUCUUCUGGGACUUGAAGAAUCGCUUACCAAGAUCUGUUACCACAAUCGAAUGGGAUGAUACCUUUUCAAGUGUAUACAGCCGAGAUAACCCUAACUUACUUUUCUCCAUGUGCGGUUUUGAAGUUCGAAUUCUCCCUAAGAUUCGUAACCAAAACGACGAAUUCCCGGUCAAGGACAGCGUAUGGUCCUUAGUCGACAACACCAGCAAGGAGAGAACGGCACAUGCAUUCUUGCAGGUAACCGAGGAGGAUAUUGCCAAAUUCAACAAUCGCAUUCGUCAAAUUCUGAUGUCCUCAGGUUCGACUACAUUCACGAAGAUCGCUAACAAGUGGAACACUACUUUGAUCGCCCUCUUCACAUACUAUCGUGAAGCAGCUGUAUCCACGGUUAAUUUGCUAGAUACCAUUGUGAAAUGUGAAACCAAGAUUCAGACCAGAGUUAAGAUCGGUCUUAAUUCUAAGAUGCCUUCUCGUUUCCCUCCUGCGGUUUUCUACACCCCUAAGGAACUUGGUGGUCUCGGUAUGAUAUCCGGAUCACAUAUCCUCAUUCCGACAAGCGAUAAAAGAUGGUCCAAGCAAACCGAUGUUGGUGUUACGCAUUAUCGUGCAGGCAUGACUCAUGACGAAGACACUCUCAUUCCUAAUAUUUUCAGAUACAUCAUACCAUGGGAAGCUGAAUUCAUCGACUCCCAACGUGUGUGGACUGAAUAUUCUCAGAAACGUCAGGAGGCAAAUCAACAAAACCGAAGAUUGACACUCGAGGAUCUUGAAGAUAGUUGGGAUCGUGGAUUACCUCGUAUUAACACUCUUUUCCAAAAAGAUAGGAGCACUUUGAGUUUCGACAAAGGAUUCCGCGCGCGUACCGAGUUUAAGACAUACCAACUUAUGAAGAGCAAUCCAUUUUGGUGGACUAGUCAACGCCAUGAUGGUAAAUUGUGGAACCUCAACGCCUAUCGUACCGAUGUUAUUCAAGCGCUUGGUGGUGUCGAAACCAUUCUUGAACACACACUCUUUAAGGCGACAGCAUUUCCAUCCUGGGAGGGCCUAUUCUGGGAAAAAGCGAGUGGUUUUGAAGAGUCUAUGAAGUUUAAGAAGUUGACAAACGCUCAAAGAUCGGGUCUCAACCAGAUCCCCAAUCGUCGAUUUACCCUUUGGUGGUCACCUACAAUCAACAGAGCCAAUGUUUAUGUUGGUUUCCAAGUACAAUUAGAUCUUACUGGUAUUUUCUUGCACGGCAAAAUUCCAACUUUGAAGAUUUCUCUCAUCCAAAUCUUCCGCGCCCAUCUUUGGCAGAAAAUACAUGAGAGUGUAGUAAUGGAUCUGGCACAAGUAUUUGAUCAAGAAUUGGAGCAGCUUGGCAUCGAGACCGUACAAAAGGAGACUAUUCAUCCCAGAAAGUCUUACAAGAUGAACAGCUCCUGUGCUGAUAUUCUGUUGUUUGCAAGCCACAAAUGGAACGUCACUCGCCCAUCCAUUCUCUUUGACACAAAAGACGUAAUUGAAGCUACCACAACGAACAAGUUCUGGGUAGAUGUUCAACUUCGUUACGGAGAUUAUGAUUCUCACGACAUUGAACGAUACGUCCGCGCAAAAUACCUUGAUUAUACAACCGAUAGUAUGAGUAUUUAUCCUUCGGCCACUGGUCUCAUGAUUGGUAUCGAUCUUGCUUACAAUCUCUACUCGGCAUAUGGACAAUACUUCCCCGGUCUCAAGCAAUUGGUACAGCAAGCUAUGGCCAAGAUCAUGAAGGCAAAUCCAGCUCUCUACGUCUUGCGCGAACGUAUCAGGAAGGGUCUUCAAUUGUAUGCGUCCGAAAGUAAUCAAGAGUUUUUGAAUUCUCAAAAUUACUCUGAACUUUUCAGCAACCAAAUCCAACUCUUCAUUGACGACACAAAUGUUUACCGUGUUACUAUCCACAAGACAUUUGAAGGUAACUUGACAACCAAACCAAUCAACGGAGCAAUUUUCAUCUUCAAUCCUCGUACUGGACAACUCUUCUUGAAGAUUAUUCAUACAAGUGUCUGGGCAGGUCAGAAACGUCUGGGACAAUUAGCUAAGUGGAAGACUGCUGAAGAAGUUGCCGCUCUCAUUCGAUCAUUGCCUAUCGAAGAGCAACCGAAACAGCUCAUCGUUACGAGAAAGGGUCUUCUUGAUCCACUUGAAGUACAUUUGCUUGAUUUCCCCAACAUAUCAAUCCGUGCCUCUGAGCUGCAAUUACCCUUUCAGGCUGCCAUGAAGGUCGAGAAACUCGGUGAUAUGAUUCUUCGUGCCACCGAACCUCAGAUGGUUCUCUUCAAUCUCUACGACGAAUGGCUAAAGUCAAUUUCAUCGUACACUGCAUUCUCUCGUUUGAUCCUUAUCUUGCGUGCUUUGCACGUAAAUCAGGAUAAGACAAAGUUACUCCUUCGACCCGACAAGACUGUGAUCACUCAAGAGCAUCAUAUCUGGCCCACAUUAUCGGAUGAAGAUUGGAUCAAGGUUGAAACCCAACUGCGUGAUCUCAUUUUGAAUGAUUACGGCAAGAAGAACAAUGUCAACACUUCCAGUCUUACCAGUAGUGAAGUACGUGAUAUUAUUUUGGGUAUGGAAAUCAGUGCUCCAUCGAUGCAACGCCAGCAAGCGGCCGAAAUUGAAAAGCAACAACAAGAACAACAGCAGCUUACAGCUGUCACGACCAAGACUCAAAACGUUCACGGAGAGGAUAUUAUUGUCACCACUACCUCGCAAUUCGAACAACAAACCUUUGCAUCGAAGACUGAAUGGAGAACUAGAGCGAUCGCAACUUCGAACUUGAGGACACGAUCUAACAACAUCUAUAUCUCUUCGGAUGACGUCAAAGAGGAUGAUCACUACACUUAUAUCAUGCCAAAGAACAUCUUGAAGCGCUUUAUCACAAUUGCGGAUUUGCGAGUUCAAGUGGCUGGGUAUUUGUAUGGUUCAUCUCCCCCAGAUAAUGACCAAGUGAAGGAAAUCCGCUGCAUCGUAAUGGUACCUCAAAUUGGUAGUACACGUGAUGUACAAUUGCCUCAGCAGUUACCACAACAUGAGUAUCUAGACCAAAUGGAACCUCUCGGAAUCAUUCACACCGUUUCUGGUAACGAACCACCAUAUAUGACAGCCAUGGAUGUCACCCAACAUGCACGUCUCAUGAAUGCGCAUAAAUCAUGGGAUAAAAAGACGGUUACCAUGACUGUUUCAUUCACUCCCGGAAGUGUCUCACUAGCAUCAUGGGCGCUCACGCCUCAUGGUUAUAAAUGGGGUGCGGAGAAUAAAGAUCUCGGUAGCGACCAACCGCAAGGCUUCAGCACGAACAUGGGUGAGAAAUGUCAACUUCUGCUUAGUGACAAGAUCCGCGGAUACUUCUUGGUACCCGAGACCAAUUCAUGGAACUAUAGUUUUAUGGGUAGUGCCUUUGGAAGCUUGGAGAAGAAGCCAAUACACGUGAAGAUCGAUACGCCUACGCCUUUCUACAACGACCUACACAGACCUUUGCAUUUCCAGAACUUUGCUGAAUUGGAGGAUAUUUGGGUUGACAAUGAAGACAAGCUUGCUUAG